UCUCAGUCCAGAGGAGGGCUCUCAAAAUGUCUGUGAAUCUACUCUACACGUUUCUCGCUGGUUUGUUGGGGCUGAUUUUACUAAUUUCCAAAAAAUAUCCCUAUUUUUUACACGAUUUAAGAUACGCCAUCAGCGCAAUUGGGAUAGGGAUACGAUUGGACAAAUUUCAGAAGAAAACACCAUAUUACACCGUUUUGGAAAGAUUUUUGGAACAAGCGAAAAACCAACCGCAAAAAACUUUUCUUAUCUUCGAGGGCCGCAGUUUCUCGUACAGUUUUGCGGAUAAUGAGAGUAACAAAGUGGCCAGGGCGCUGCAGACGCACACAGACCUGAAGGAGGGCGACACGGCGGCUGUAUUUGUGGGGAACGAGCCGGACUUCGUGUGGCUGUGGCUGGCUCUGGCCAAACUGGGAUGCACCGCCGCGUUACUCAACACAAACAUACGCUCCAAGUCUCUGCUCCACUGCUUCUCCUGCUGCGACGCAAAGGUCCUGGUGGCUGGAGCUGAUCUGCAGGGGGCGGUAGAGGAGGUGCUGCCUGGUUUGAAGGAUGGGGGUGCACGUGUGUUUGUUUUGGGACAGGAGAGUUGUGUGGACGGUAUUGAGACUCUGUCUGAUAAGAUCCAGGAGGCUUCAGACCAGCCCCUGUCUGUGCAGCUCAGAGCCAAUGUUAAAGGCAGCAGCCCGGCUCUGUACAUCUACACCUCUGGGACCACAGGUCUCCCCAAAGCGGCUGUGGUCUCCCAAAUGAAGCUGUGGUACGCCUCCUUUGUCCAGGGCUUUGCUGGAGUGACUUCAGACGACAUCAUCUACCUGUACCUCCCCCUGUACCACACCGCAGGUUUUCUCAUGGGGCUCACUGGGGCCAUCGACAGAGGUUUAACGAUUGUGUUGAAGCGCAAGUUUUCUGCCUCUCAGUUCUGGGAUGACUGUAGAAAAUACAACAUCACUGUGAUCCAAUACAUAGGAGAGAUCAUGCGGUACCUCUGCAACUCACCCAAGAAAGACAAUGAUAAGAACCACAAAGUGCGAGUUGCUAUGGGCAAUGGGAUUCGUUUGGACACAUGGGAGGAGUUUCUGCAAAGAUUUGGCGACAUUCGGAUCUGUGAGUGCUACGGGUCAACAGAGGGAAACGUCGCGUUCAUGAACUACAUUGGGAAAGUCGGAGCAAUCGGCAAAGAGCAUUUUCUAACUAAAAUGGCGUGUCCAUACUCUCUCAUAAGAUACGACACAGAAAAAGAGGAACCUGUGAGAGACUCUGAAGGCUUCUGCAUUGAGGUUCCCAGAGGAGAGACUGGUUUGCUGGUUGGGAAAAUUGGAGGGAAAGCACCGUUUGAGGGAUACGUGAAAAACCAACAACAAACAGAGAAGAAAAUACUGAAGGAUGUUUUUGUGAAAGGAGAUCGCUACUUCAACUCUGGAGAUCUACUGAGGAUCGACCAACAUGGAUUUGUUUACUUCCAAGACCGAAUUGGAGACACCUUCAGGUGGAAAGGAGAAAAUGUGGCAACUACAGAAGUGGCUGAUCAUUUACUCACAGUGGACUGCAUUGAGGAGGCCAGUGUCUAUGGAGUUAAAGUUCCAGGUCACGAGGGCCGUAUUGGGAUGGCAGCGCUGAAGCUCAGAGACAACAUGGACUUUGACUGUAAAGCCACUCAUCAGCACGUGAAGAGCUUUCUCCCAAGCUACGCACGGCCACGCUUUAUACGCAUACAGACGUCCCUGGAUGUGACGGGCACAUACAAACAGACAAAGGGGAAGUUGGUGGAAGAAGGUUUUGACCCGGCGAUCAUCAAAGAGCCUCUAUUUUUCCUCGACGACUCUAAAGGCUACAUCCCCAUGACACAGGACAUUUAUAACUCUAUAGCUGAAGGCAAACUCCGACUCUGAAUCAGCUACAUCUAAAAAACAAAUCAACUAUUUCAAAUUUUACACUACAAAACCAAGACAAAUGAGGUAAAUGCUAUGCCAGUUGCUAACAUUCCAGCUAACGCAAUAACCACUCCACCAGGAAGGUUACAUAGGGGAAAGCAAGAUUUCUCAAAAUAAAUCUCAUAAAAUGUUGUUAUUCGUAAGAUCACACAGUUUUGCUUGUGUGCUGUAAUGAUUUUGUUUGUCUUUACCAUUACAAACUUUGCACAAAACUACAGCUUUUGUCACGUAAAACAUCAUCACUAUAAACAACAUUAAUAUCUAACCUAUGAUAUCAAAUUCAAAAUAGGCUUUUUUUUUUCAAUGGAAGAGAGUGAUGUUUAAAUAAAGCAUUGUCGAGAUUUUU